AUGGCUCCUCCGCCAAACCCCAAUCUUCCUCUCCAAGAGAGACUUAUGGCUCUUGCCCAAACCCUUCAGUUCGGUUGGUUUGUCGGGUAUGUCUAUCAUGAACUUCUGUCGCAGUCUGCUGUGACGGCCAAAGUCCACCUCACCCUCAUCCUCGCAACGAUUCGAUAUGGCUUUUCCUGGUUGAGGAUGAACUACUAUACCCGUAUGGCUCAGUUCUCUUACCGCACAGCUUUUAUUGCUGCUGCCGUCACCUAUGGCAUCGUCGUCUACAAGACCAUGCGCGCUCGUGCUAAGACCGGUCAGCGUGCUGCUCCCACUCCCCUGGCUAUGCUUGCCGAUGAGAACAUUCAAUACCUUGCCAUGUCUCUUGUUUGGCUCUUCUGCCCCCAAUAUCCUCUCGCCUUGAUCCCUUAUACCAUUUACUCGGUCUUCCACGUUGCCACCUACACUCGCGCCAACUUGAUCCCCGCUGUUCUGGCCCCCAAGCCUGCUCCCGAGGCUGAUGGUGCCACUCCCAGCCGCCGAACCAGCGUCGACCACCCUCUUGCUAACCAGAUUGGCGCUUUUGUUAAGGAGUACUACGAUGCAUCAAUGGCUAUCGUUGCUUCUCUUGAGAUUGCCCUGUGGGGUCGCAUCUUUCUCUCCGCCAUUCUCUUCCAGCGUCGAUCAUGGAUUCUUAUUGUCCUUUACUCCGCUUUCCUCCGAGCUCGUUACGCCCAGAGCACCCACGUUCAGCACUCAUUCUCUCAGUUGAGCGCUCGCGUUGACUCUUUUGUUAGCGCUCAGGGAACCCCUCCCGUCGCUCGCUCUGUUUGGCAAACCGUCAAGGAUGGCGCAAGACAAUUCCACGAUGCUACUGCUUUGGUUGGAGCUGGCCCCGCUAAGAAGUCCUCGUAA